UGUGUGUCCUCUGACCUCUGACCUCUGAGAGGACACCCUCAGUCCUGCAGACAUGUCAGUGGGUCAGAGGUUUGCAGCCGAUCACACUACUUCCUGUUUCCUGUUUGCUCCUCAGCUCUACAUGCUGCGGGUGUCGCCCUCCAUGGGUCAGGUUCUGGACAUGAACACGACACUGCGCCACCUGCUGUUCCUGCUGGAGUACUGCAUGGUGACGGGCCACGACUGGUGGGACGUGCUGCUGCACGUGCAGCCCAGCAUGGUGCACAACCUGGUGGAGAAGCUGCACGAGGAGUACAUGAGGCAGAACCAGGCUCUGCAGCAGGUGCUGGCCACCAGGAUCGUAGCUGUCAAAGCCUCGCUCUGCAAACUCUCCACGGCCACGGCAGCACGAGCGUGUGACUUCCACGCCAAGCUGCUGCUGAUCGCCAUCAGCUCCACCCUGAAGUCUCUGCUCCGCCCACACGUCCUCAACACACCUGACAAGAGUCCAGGUGACCGGCUGACCGAGAUCUGCGCCAAGAACACUGACACAGGUGAGCCCGCCGACCAGGUGAGUCUCCUGAGCAGGUGGCAGAGCCCGGCUCACCUGUGUGUGUGUGUGUGUGUGUGUGUGUGUGUGUGU